AUGGCCGCCGACAUCAAGGACAUCGCAAGCGCUUCCGCGUCUCGAGACGUCGAUGAGAUCACGCGCGACAACCACCUCAACUCGCCUCUCUUGCGUCUUCCUGGAGAGCUUCGUAACCGCAUCUACGCAUACGUCUUCUUCGAUGUAGAAGUAGUGGCGACAGACCCAGACUGGGACUGGAACGGCCGGGGGGGGGGCCGGCGGAACGAGAGCCCAAUCCACGUACUCACGACCUGCCAGCAGAUUCGCCACGAAGCUACCUCCAUCUUCUGGAAUGAAUGUACGAUAUACCCUGUAGCUAUCUAUACAUUCUCCGAUGUCGCAUCAAUCAUGGGAGAGUCAAACUGCGCUCGUAUCACGUUCCUCUGCGUAGAUAGGGGUCUAGUCUUCGACGGAAUUGCCUUCGACUUCACACUACCAGUCCCGUACCCCUUGGCGGAUUUCCCUCUGUUACGGAAGCUUGAUGUGAUUGGUGACUUCUCCAGACCAAAGGAUGACAUGGAGGACGCUGUACUGCGCUGUAUUCGCGCCAAGGGCGUCGAAGUCAAUUGCAUAGACCAGGACCUUGACAAAGUAUGGUAG